AUGUACAGUAUCCUCUUCACAUAUCUGCUAUCAUUGAACAACAGACAACAGUAUUCCUUCUUUUCGCUAAAAAUAUUUUCUGCAACAUAUCUCCAAUUCAACGAAGGACGAAUUCUUAUAUCUCAACCAUUACGCAACCUAUCAACAAAACGACAGUCAACUAUUAUUAAAGACAGUUUCAGUAAUCUCAGAUCAAGAGGCGAGUUCGCGAGUGAACUGACACAGCAGCUGCUGUACAGUAAUAGUAGGCAAAAAGAUAUAUCAGGUGAAUACUGUAACAAAUACGCGAUACUGAUUUGA